UAUUAUUUAUUGUGAAACAAUUAUGACUAGGUGAUAAAGAUCACUCAUGUUACCCGAGUCCCUAAGACUCAGUUUCUCUUUUGAGAAAUGGGGCCAGCACCACCUCACCUGGCUGGGCCGUGCAGAGUGCAGGAGAUGGUUCGGGAAGCUCUGAGCUGGCAUGCAGUAGGUCUUCAAGGUCAAGGUGAUGGGGGAGGGGUGGCACAGAGAAAGCCGUCCUCUGGCAUGACUGAGCUGUAUCCUCCCUCCUUCAGGCCAGUAGCUGAGUGCUGACCAACUCCCCCUUGGCCAUGGACACCCCUGACUAUCCCUCAUCAGUGUCUACCACCUUGGAACCCUGGAAUGCCUCCUCUGCCUGGUCCCUGGAUGCCACCCUGGGAAACACGUCUGUGGGCCUAAGCCCGGGAGGGCUCGCCAUCAGCAGCAUUCUGAUCCCGCUGGUCUACCUGGUGGUGUGUGUGGUAGGCCUGCUGGGCAACUCACUGGUCAUCUACGUGGUCCUGCGGCACACGGCCAGCCCAUCGGUCACCAGCGUCUACAUCCUCAACCUGGCAUGCGAUGAGCUCUUCAUGCUGGGGCUGCCCUUCCUGGCUGCCCAGAAUGCCCUGUCCUACUGGCCCUUUGGCUCCCUCAUGUGCCGCCUGGUCAUGGCUGUGGAUGGCAUCAACCAGUUCACCAGCAUCUUCUGCCUCACGGUCAUGAGCGUGGACCGCUACCUGGCGGUGGUGCAUCCCACGCGCUCGGCUCGCUGGCGCACGGCCCCGGUGGCCCGCCUGGUCAGUGCGGCCGUGUGGGUGGCCUCGGCCGUGGUGGUGCUGCCCGUGGUGGUCUUCUCAGGUGUGCCCCGGGGCAUGAGCACCUGCCACAUGCAGUGGCCAGAGCCGGCGGCGGCCUGGCGAGCUGGCUUCAUCAUCUACACGGCCGCACUGGGCUUCUUUGGGCCACUGCUGGUCAUCUGCCUCUGCUACCUGCUCAUCGUGGUGAAGGUGCGCUCGGCCGCGCGCCGGGUGCGGGCACCUGUGUGCCAGUGGGUACAGGCGCCCGUGUGCCAGCGGCGGCGGCGCUCCGAGCGCAGGGUCACCCGCAUGGUGGUGGCCGUGGUGGCGCUUUUUGUCCUCUGCUGGAUGCCUUUCUACGUGCUCAACAUUGUCAACGUGGUGUGCUCGCUGCCUGAGGAGCCGGCCUUCUUCGGGCUGUACUUCCUGGUGGUGGCGUUGCCCUACGCCAACAGCUGCGCUAACCCUAUCCUUUAUGGCUUCCUCUCCUACCGCUUCAAGCAGGGCUUCCGCAGGGUCCUGCUGCGCCCAUCCCGCCGUGUGCACAGCCAGGAGCCCGCCGUGGGGCCUCCGGAGAAGACAGAGGAGGAGGAGGACGAGGAGGAUGAAGAGGAGGGUGGGGAGGAGGACAAGGAGAGGAGAGGGAAGGAGAUGAAUGGCAGGGUCAGCCAGGUUGCACAGCCUGGUGCCAGUGGGCAGGAGCAGCCACCCAGUGCAGUGGCUGGCAAGGAGCAGCAGUUUCUACCCCAGGAGCCUUCAGCUGGUGAGAAACCCAGCACCCCACACACCAGCUAUCUGUAG